GAACGAUACGCGCAUGAUGUCGAAAUACAUAAAUAAAUAGAAUUAGCCGAUCAGCGCCAAAGUGCAUAGUAUUGUGCAUAUUUAUGGUGGUGUCUGGAUGCCACGUUCGGAUUCUAAACGAUCCACAAUUGCAAAUACUCAUAGAAUCAGAGAAAUCUUCACAGUUGAGCAUGGAUCUUGUUUUACAAAGAUUUAGGGGCGUGCCUUUAUCUAUAUGGUUGCUAACAGCGAUACUUUUGACAUUAGUGCCGACAAUCGAAAGCAUAUCCGAAGAUGACAAAACGCAGGUUGAAAAGGGUUUGCAAAGCGGAAAAGAAAUUCUUGGGUUAAUAAACGAAAAGAAAUUUCACGAAACUUUAAUCAAAGUAGCUACAUCAUUGGGCCCAUUUUUGGGUGCACUCGAACCGUUUCUCAGUCUGAUGCUAAACUUCCUUCCAGCAGAAGACUCGGAUGAAUUGGCAUUUAUGAAGAAUAUGAUGAAAGAAAUAAACGAGCGAUUCGACAAAGUAGAUGUACGUUUUGAUGAAAUUGAAAGAAAGAUUGACUGGCUUAAGGUGUCGAUAAAUUUUGCGGAAAUCGAGCAAAAGAUUCUGUCAAUGGAUGAGGAAUAUGUAUUUCUUUAUAACAUUACGUCGGCACCAGCAUCAAAUAGGACAUACGUAUUUAAGAUGGCAUACGAAAACGGUUUUCAUCUCACGCCGACAACGUUAUACCUAGCGAUCUUGAAUGAACAAGGCGUCUUUCAGGAAGAUCUGGGACAUGCCGUUAUGCGUUACACAGAAAAUGACCGCAGGGAUACGCUUGACUUUUUACUGGGAGUUAUGCGGCUAGUAUUGAGAGCAGUGAGGAUCGAACUUGCCUAUUACCAAUUGAACAAUUUCAAAGAAAUCCAUCAAGCAAAAAAGAAAGUUUGGGAAACCAGAAUCCAAGAAAUACGAUCGAACUUUGAUAAUAUUGAUAAGGAGGUGAAGAAUAAAUACAUGGAACAGUCCAAAGUGGAAAUAAAAGAAUAUGCAAGCGAACAUUCUGGAAAAAGUAAUGAAGACUUUAGUAAUGGAUUGUUCGAUAUGUUAAAAAAGAAGUAUUUCUGGCGAGACUUUUUAGUCAUUACAUAUAACCCGAUAACCGGUUCAGAUAAACAUCGUAUGAAGGUAUGCGGUGGAUUCAUAUUUCUUAGGCUGAACGGACGCAACAUCGUUCUUGCAAGCAAGGACGUUGGAUCUGAAAAAAUAGACUUGACUAAGUCACGUGAAGAAAUGUUCAAUUUCAAAAUUGCUCAACUGACUCCAGACAACACAGACAUUUCCCUUUUUCAUAAAACUUCGAUUAUAUGUGAGCAAAAUAGUUGCAAUGCGGAAAAGGUUUAUGACGUGGUAGAUAAAUCAUUUUCAUGUGGCUUUGCUGUUAUAAAACACGAUGCCGAUAUACAUUACAAAUCAAGCGGAAACCGAUUAAUUUUCCAAUAUUUAUUUCCUUAUUUUAAGUUGUUUAUGUUUGGCUAAACAGUUAAAGGUGCAUUUUCAUCACUUUUUGAAUUUUUAGAUACAUUGACCAAGAAAAAUCUUGAAUGAUUCUUUUUUUAUCAAACCUCUCCAAAUUAUCGAUUGAAAUUCAUUAAGAUAUUCUGUGUUUAAUUACAUUUCUAUGUUUAACGGACACGACCAUUGCUAUGUUUAACGGAUACGACCAUUGCUAUGUUUAACGGAUACGACUAUUGCUAUGUUUAACGGAUACGACCAUUGCUGUUUUAACUGAUACGACCAUUGCUAUGUUUAACGGAUAUGACCAUUGCUAUUGUAACAGAUAUCGGAUAUGACCAUUGCUAUUUUAGCGGAUAUGACCAUUGUUGUGUUAAACGGAUAUGUUAAUUGCUAUCUAUGUUAACGGUUUAAAUAUUUCUGGCAACAAGCGCCGAUACUAAAUAUAUAUGUGAAACGUACAACCUUUGGAACAUAAUUCCGAUUUGUAUAAUUCAUUGUUUCAGAACAAACAUUCUGUCUUAAAACGAUCUUCAAAUAUAAAUCCUGCAUUUACCAUCAAGAAUAUUGAGUUAUCUUCUUACUCUAUUAUACACCACCCUAUUGGAUGUUGGAAGUCCCCUUUUGGGGCACAUAUAAACCCAUUUUUCGAACUACCGUAUUUUAG